AGGUAAGAUAGGCGGUCUAUUUGAAACUGUCAUCCAGCCUCCAAAGAAUACGUCGAUAAGAUGGUUUUAUUAGUUCUUAAUAAAGUCCAGACUUUCCCAUUAUCCAGCUAAGUUUUAAGAUUCACUCAACGAAAAUCUGUAAUCUUCUGAAUAUUCAAACAUCUACUCAGGUUAUUACUCGCAAGUGUAAUUAGUCAAGAAGCUUAAAGUUUUAAACACCGUUUGGAACAAGGAGAUUUUGGAGCUACAAUUUAGAUAGCCCUGUUAACAAGCGUAUCAGUAAAAUAUUUAUGAGCACAUGGAUUUCAUAGUAAUUCAUUUCAAGGAGUACAUGGCAAUGAGCGAUGUCAAGUAGUCUGAGUAUAUGAAAAGACUGGGACUUUCGGACAAACGUGACUGAAUUGCUGGGGAAUAAUCCAUUCAUCUAUGCCGAAAGCUAUACUGCUUAUGGUCGUUUAAAAGCAGACAACACGAAUUUCAUACACCGUGGGAGGCGGCGACUAUUUAUUAACAUAAAGAUCCAGUCACAUGUCGAAACGCUCUGGCUUAGGUGUGAUCACUAGCGAAGAGUUAUCAAAACCUUUAAAAUUGUCAAAGCCAUCUUUGGAUAGUGAUGAAGAAGACUACAACGAUAAAGAUUGUUUCCGAUUACAUGAAGCAGAUAUAGAUGGUCAGGAAGCUACGACUUUAGAGUAUGAUGAUGAAGUUAAAAUAACUCCAUUUAACAUGAAAGAAGAGCUUGAGGAAGACGGUCACUUCGAUUCCGCUGGCACUUUCAUUUUCAAGAAACAAGUUGAUGCUCGUGAUAAUUGGUUAGAAGAUAUUAAUUGGCUAGAAGUCAAGAAACACCGGAAAAAGAAUUCAUUGAAAGACACAUCGAUAAGCGAUGAACUCGGCGGGAAAGUGCUAAGUAAAGAGGAGAAACUCGCUUUGUACCAAGAACUCUUAUCUUAUUUACAACCUUCUGAGACCGUUCUGCGCAGUAUCAGACGUAUGGGUGCCUGUUCAGAUGCUAAGAAGUCCGCUUCAGCCAGCCAACGCUGGCUACGAAAUAAAAAUCCGAAAACUAAAACUGAGACCGGCAAUCCAGAAGGAUUAAUUCGUGUUACUGAAUUAGCUGACCAACUUGUUCAAGGCGGAGAUUUUGAUGUUUAUCAAAAAACAUUCGACGAUAUCAAAAAACUGAUAGAAUGUACAAAACAAUUCGCAGCAGAUGAUGAACUUGAAGUCCUCGGUCAGGCAUUUGAUGAAAAGCAAGCUGACGAUAAAGGUGGAAUCAAAUCAACCGAAGAACAUGAUGGUACUGACCAUGAUGGCAGUAAUAAUAAUACCUCAGUCAUGUGGCAUUUAAAACGUUCAAAUAAACCAAAUACAGAAAUUGAAGGACCAUACACAUCUGAACAAUUAAAAGUGUGGCUUCAAGAUGGAACAUUUAAUGACGAUGACAAUAUUUUAAUACGUGAAUCAACGAAGUCUGAUGGACAAUUCUAUAACAUCACACGUAUUGACUUUGAUUUGUAUGAAUGAGAGUAAAUAUUCACUUCUUCAAUAUUAUGUUCCCUUCGUUUAUGCGUUCUAUUGUAUAUAGAAAAAUUUGUGAAUAUAUAUGUUCGUUUUUUC